AUGAACAAAGUCAACAACAUUGAUUGUUAUCAAUUAUCAACUAUCGCUUCCACGGUAUCCCCGCUGCCGCUCAUCCGCGCCGGACAGCGGGCAGAUCUGCCGCCUCCCCCCACGGGGCCAUCACGGGACCGGACACUAGACCGGACGGGGAAAGAGCAGAAGGAUCCAUUUUCUCCUCAUUUCUCUCUCAGGAGUGGACCUCACCAGCUUACCCCGGACUCAGUCAAUCUAUCUCUUGUUCUAUUCCUCCCAUCGGCUCGUGGUGUUGAAGCUUUGUCCUCUUCCUCUGGCUUGCCAGAGUGA